UGACGAUGAAGAGUGAUUGCAGAUAUGUAAAGGUGGCGGUUGAUGGAGCACCAUAUUUGAGAAAGCUAGAUCUCAAAUUGUACACAAGCUAUCAACAACUUCUGUUCGCUUUUGAAGAUCUCUUCUCCUGCUUCACCGUCAGAAAUGUAUUAAACGAGAUGAAGCUGAUGGAUCCUGAUAAUGGUAUCGAAUACGUUCCAACAUAUGAAGAUAAAGAUGGAGAUUGGAUGUUGGUUGGUGAUGUUCCAUGGAAUAUGUUUGUUGAAUCAUGCAAGCGAAUAAGAUUAAUGAAGAACUCGGAGUUGUUGAGUUGAACAAGCGUUGAUGGAGGAAAUAGUUCAUAGAAGAGAUUGUUUAUUUAUUUUUUUAUUUUUUUUGAGAAUAGGAAAAUAGUUAAUUAAUUACGAAUAUUGUAGAAGUAAAUAAGAUCCACAUGAUGUGUGUGUACAAAAUGUUUGCUGAGUUUGUGCAGAAACUGACAUUUAUAAAGCCAGGUUUUUAGGGUUUUGUAAAUUGAAAAAGCUUAAUUUAUUGUGUAUUUGUAGUAUAGUAACA